ACCUCCCCUCCCUCUCUCUCUCGAAUCGACAAUUCUGUCAACAUUAUACCUUUUUUUUUAGCCUUGUUGUAUUUUUGUUAUAACUGCCAUAUAUAAUGUCGAAGAGAGCUCAGGACCAUGAUGAGGACAUGCGUGAGGCAAAGUCCUCUGUUAAUGUUGGAGAUCGCACAACGGUCGAAGACGAGGGCAUGGGUGAAUUUGAAGAUCCUUGGGAAGACGAGGUCGAAAGUGACCAGGAGGUCAUUGUUGAGAAUGAUGAUGACGAUGACGAAGGUAUGGAUGUAGACCAGGCAAUGGAACAGGAUAAAGAAGAGGAUGAUAAGGAAGUUCGUGUCUAUUUGCCUGGCCAAACUCUUGAGAAGGAUGAAGUGUUAGAGGCUGACCAAUCUGCAUAUGAGAUGUUGCACAGUAUGAACGUAAAAUGGCCCUGCCUGAGCUUCGACAUUCUUUGGGACCAAUUGGGUGAUGAGCGCUGCACUUUCCCUGCUACAGCCUAUGUAGUGACAGGCACGCAAGCGGAUAUGGCUCAUAACAAUGAAGUCCUGGUCAUGAAGAUGUCACAACUGGCGAAGACCAAGAAUGAUGAUGGAAAUCUCAGUGAGGAUGACAGCGACGAUGAUGAUGUGGAUGAAGAUCCUGUCUUGGAAUACAAGAGCAUGAAGCACAUGGGUGGUGUCAACCGUAUUAGAGCCAUGCCUCAGCGAGAUAAACAAAUUGCCUCUACUUGGGCUGAUACAGGCAAGGUUCACCUCUGGGACUUGGCACCCCAUAUCCGCUCUUUAGACCAGCCAGGAAGCGUGAUUCCCGAGUCGGCUAAAAAGCCUAUUUAUACCAUUGAGUCCCACGGGCGAUGUGAAGGUUUUGCUAUGGAUUGGUCGGAGACUGUUCCUGGACGUUUAUUGACAGGCGACUUGAAUGGAAAGAUCUAUAUGACAACUUUGAAUGCUUCUACAGGUGCUGUAACACCCGAUCGCGUGCCCUUUGUUGGCCAUCAAAGUUCAGUUGAGGAUUUACAAUGGUCCCCUUCCGAGAAGGGUGUCUUUGCAUCAUGCUCUGCAGAUCAUACUGUCAGGAUUUGGGAUAUCCGCUCCAAGAAGCGUGCAGGAAUUACGGCCAAGGUCCACAAUUCGGACGUCAAUGUCAUCAGCUGGAACAGGAAAUUACCUUAUAUGUUGGCUUCUGGAUCGGAUGAGGGUGUAUUCAGUGUUUGGGAUCUCCGUCAGUGGUCACAGGGUGCUGUGAACCCCACACCUAUUGCUACAUUCAAGUGGCACCAGGCUCCUAUUACCUCAAUCGAAUGGCACCCUAGUGAUGAAUCGGUUCUUGGCGUUGCAGGUGCAGACGAUCAGAUCACAUUGUGGGACUUCUCUGUAGAACACGAUGCUGAAGAGACGCUUAAUGGAACAAGUCAAAAGGCGAUUGCCAAUGAGGCCGGAAUUGAGGUCCCACCUCAAUUGAUGUUUGUGCAUCAGGGGCAGCAGGAUAUUAAGGAGCUGCAUUGGCACAAGCAAAUCUCUGGAUGUGUUAUCUCGACAGCAGCAUCAGGGUUCAAUAUCUUUAAGACCAUUUCGAUUUAAUAC